AUGGGCAAUCUUCAUUGUUGGAAUAUUUUUUGCACUGUCUUCAUUUUCUCCCACUUUUUCAUCCCAUUUGGCCAUCCACUUUCCUUCAACAUAACUCAUUUUGAUCAUGAUGGCUCAACCAUCGCAUACGAAGGCGAUGCCGGCGCGGCUGCCAACGGAACAGUGAUACUCAACAAAGGAGGCUCGUAUGGCGUGGGGCGGGCAACGUAUGCGGCGGGUGUGCAUAUAUGGGAGGACUGCUUAACUGGGAUUACUCACCAAGCAGAUUUCACCGCUCAUUUCUCUUUCACCAUUGACAAUGUUAAUGCUAGUGAUGGGGCUGGGCUGGCCUUUUUCCUGGCUCCUUUUGGCUAUCCAAUUCCACCCAACUCGGCAGGUAAAGGGUUAGGACUAUUCAAUGCAACCACUGAGUUUGACAUGUCCAAGAACCAUAUUGUUGCAGUUGUGUUUGACACUUCCCCAAGUCCAAAGGGGGGUCCAUUGGUGCAGCACGUUGGGAUAAUAAAGAACUCAGUCCGUCCAGUCGUCUCUGCAGAUUGGGACGCUAACUGGCAUGCCGGGAAGACAGCUAACGUUUGGAUAACUUACAAUGCUACAACCAAGAACCUCAGUGUGUUCUGGACAUCUGAGAAAAAUCCAGUUUUUAAAGGCAACUCCUCUCUUUCUUGCCGUAUAGAUCUAAAAGAAGUUCUUCCCAAGCGGGUGACCACUGGUUUCUCAGGUGCUACAAGCUCAAAGCUUGAGCAGCAUGUUAUUCGUUCAUGGGAUUUUCACUCGAAUCCGGACUCCUUGGAGGUAAGCUGCAAUAGAAUAAGGAGGUUCAGGAUAUAUUUUGUUGUGUUUGUUGUGGGGUGUACCUUGAGCUUGAUUAUUCUGGGGGGCAUCAUCUCUUGGUUUGUUCUAAGGAGGAGAAACAAGAAUCAGAGACAUGGAAAUGACGUGGAUUCUGACUCCUCCAUAAGUACAAAUCUUGAGAGAGGAGCGUUGCCUAGAAAAUUUUCUUACAUAGAACUAGUUGCAGGCACCAAUGGUUUUGCAAAUGAUAUGAGGCUAGGUCAGGGAGGGUCUGGCCAAGUCUACAAAGGAAGCUUGAGUGGCCUAGGCCGCCCGGUUGCCGUGAAGAGAAUAUUCACUGAAUCCAAACACUCCGAGUCUUUAUUCAUCAAUGAGGUGAAGAUAAUAAGCCGUUUAAUACAUCGAAACCUGGUUCAGUUCAUUGGUUGGUGUCAUGAGCAACGCGAAUUCUUGCUUGUUUAUGAGUACAUGCCUAAUUGCAGUCUGGACAAUCAUCUCUUUGGCCAUGGAGAAAUCCUCCCAUGGAAUGCGAGAUACAAGAUAGCUCUAGGCUUGGCCUCAGCCCUUCAUUAUCUCCAUGAAGAGGCAGAGAAGUAUUGUGUCCUUCACAGAGACAUCAAGUCAGCUAAUGUACUGCUGGACACAGAUUUCAGCACCAAGCUUGGUGAUUUUGGGGUUGCUGAGCUGGUCGACCCCCAGUCGAGGACUCAUACAACCGGUGUGGUAGGGACUUACGGCUACUUGGCCCCAGAAUAUGCAAAUGAAGGGAGGGCCAGUAAAGAAUCAGACAUGUUCAGUUUUGGAGUGGUGGCUUUGGAGAUUGCAUGUGGGAGGAUGACUUUCCAUGAUGGGGAAUAUCAUGUGUCACUAGUGACAUGGGUUUGGGAGCUCUACCUUGCAGGGGAUAUUCUCCAAGCAGCUGAUGAGAGACUCUGCACGAGCUUUUCCAAGGAAGAGAUGAGAUGCUUGUUGAUUGUAGGGUUGUGGUGCACUAACCCAAACUACAGGGAAAGGCCAAAGGCAGGGCAGGUAAUUAAAGUCCUUCAGCUUGAAGCAGUGUUGCCGGAGCUUCCACUGGACAUGCAUGAUCCUGUGCUUCAUCCACUCCUUCGAAACAAAGGAGCAAGUGAUUCCUUUCGACCAUCCAUUACCUCAAGUCUCAAAGAUCAUGGGCGGUAAAGCAGUGCUGCCACAAACACAAAGCAAAACCCUAGCACAACUUUUUUUUCUUGGUCAAACUCUUGAAUGUAUAAACUGUUAA